AUGGGAAGAGCUGCAAGAUGGUUUAAGGGUAUUUUCGGUAUGAAAAAGAGCAAAGAGAAAGAGAACCGAGUUUCCGGCGACGGAGGAGGAGAAACUGGUGGGUCCCUCAUUCACCGGAAAGUUCUCCAAGCAGACACCGUGUGGCUCAGAACCUACAUGGCAGAAACAGACAAAGAACAGAACAAACACGCCAUUGCGGUUGCUGCCGCCACUGCCGCAGCCGCAGACGCAGCUGUAGCAGCGGCUCAAGCUGCCGUCGCGGUGGUCAGACUAACAAGUAGCGGAAGAGCAGGAGGAUAUUCCGGGACCACAAUGGAGCGGUGGGCCGCGGUGAAAAUACAAAGUGUCUUCAAGGGCUAUUUGGCGAGGAAAGCGUUAAGAGCGUUGAAAGGUCUAGUGAAGCUACAAGCUCUAGUGAGAGGGUACUUAGUUCGCAAACGCGCCGCCGAAACGCUUCAUAGCAUGCAAGCUCUUCUCAGAGCACAAACUAGCGUUCGUUCUCAACGCAUAAACCGCAACAACAUGUUUCUUCCUCGACAUUCUAUUGAGAGGUUUGAUGAUUCAAGAAGCGAAAUCCAUAGUAAGAGAAUGUCAAUCUCUGUGGAGAAACAUAUCAACAACAACACUUACGAUGAGACCAGUCCCAAGAUUGUUGAGAUUGACACUUACAAGACGAAGUCAAGAUCGAGGAGAAUGAAUGUUGCUGUAUCUGAAUGUGGAGAUGAAGAUUUCGAAUGGAGUUUUCGUGGAGAGAAAUGUAAAUUUCCCACGGCUCAAAACACACCAAGAUUCUCUUCAUUGGCGGCAAUGAAUAAUCAUCAUUACUACGCACCGCCUUCGCCGGUGAAAAGCGUUUGCAAAGACGCUUAUUUUAGGCCUAGUUAUCUUGGUUUGAUGACGCCUAGCUAUAUGGCUAAUACGCAGUCGUUUAAGGCUAAAGUGCGUUCGCAUAGUGCGCCGAGACAGCGUCCUGAUAGGAAGAGGUUGUCGCUUGAUGAGAUUAUGGCGGCUAGGAGUAGCGUUAGCGGCGUGAGGAUGGUCCAACCGCAACAAGAGAAACGCUCUUCUUGUAAUUAUGAUCAUCAGUUUCCUCAAGAACCGGCGGGUUUUAGAUUCUAUAAUUAG